ACAAUUAUUAUCAAGAUGGCUGCUUACAGGCAAGUUAUAGGAGUCACCAGAGUUACCUCCAGAUUUCUCUGUGAUCUGCUAUUCAAAUCUAUUCGAACUAAAACAUCAGCUCGUCAAAUUAUGACUUUAUCUGCUCGAGGAUAUCAUUUUAAAAAGGCGACACCAAUAAACUUUUCCCAGAAAAGAUAUAUGUUUAUUCAAACUCAAGAAACCCCAAAUCCGAAUAGUUUAAAGUUUUUACCAGGAUGUGAUGUUUUAGACUCGGGAACAAUGGAUUUCCCAAAUGUUAGAGAAGCUCAUUCUUCACCUCUGGCCAAAUUGCUUUUUCGGAUAGAUGGAGUAAAAGCUGUUUUCUUUGGAAAUGAUUUUAUAACAAUAACAAAAGAAGAAGAUAUUGAUUGGCAAAUUGUCAAACCGGAAGUAUAUGCAAUUGUUAUGGACUUUUUUGCAUCAGGAUUACCAAUAUAUACCGGAGAGAAAGCUCCUAGUGAUACUGAGGUACAUCCGGAAGACGAUGAAACUGUAGCUAUGAUUAAAGAACUACUUGAUACAAGGAUACGUCCGACAGUUCAAGAAGAUGGUGGAGAUAUACAAUACGUUGCAUUCGAAGACGGAAUAGUAAAAUUAAAAAUGCAAGGUUCAUGUGUUAGUUGCCCAAGUUCAACGGUUACAUUGAAAAGUGGCGUACAAAAUAUGCUGCAGUUUUACAUACCCGAAGUUGUUGGGGUAGAACAGAUUGAAGAUGAAGUUGACGAAAUAAAUAAAUCAGAAUUUUCAAAGUUUGAAGAAAGAUUAGAAAAUGAGAAACAGAAUAAAAGUGAUAGUGAAAUUGACUUUAGCGAAUCUUAUGUCACUAAUGAUCAAGAUAUUGAAACUAGAAGGGCCGAAAUUGAAGUAUCUACUUCUAGUGGUUUUGUUUUUGACGAUAUAAGAAAAGGUUAUAAAAAAAAAAAGUAUAAACAGAAAAGAGAUGAUCGCGCCAAGCACCAUCAAAGUAGAGGUAAUAAAAAGCGACGCGAGGGUCGAUGCCAGUGUUGUCAAACAUCCAGUUUGUCUUCUGACAAUUCUAUCAAGCAUAAAAUACAGCAGAAGAAAAAACACAAGAAAAAAUCUUAUAAUAAUAUUUGUCCUUGCUUCGAGGCAGGAAUGAGAGCUAUUUUGAGAAAUUCUGGAAAUUUCAAUCAAAACCCUUACUUCAACCAUUCGCCCAUGAAACCAAGCGCCAAUACAUUACAACCACUUCGACGCUGUUGUUGUCCUCAACCUUCGGUUUGUCCAAGUGUAAAUCAGAGAGAUUUCUCGUGCUUGCCAAAGAGGAACAAAGGAAUCAAAGAUUACGAUGAUGGACCGGUUUUAAUGACAUUGAGAUCAGCACUUGAUUAA